CGGCUAUUAAUAACCAAAUUCCCCAGCCUCCCAAAGGGUCCAAGGCGCAUGGGCCCUCAUGCCUCUUUCUCUCUGGGGGGCAAAGCCUCCAUGCCUCCUCCCUGCAGAAAUCCCAUUCUUUCCUAGCUGCAAUGGGGAUAAAUAGGGACCCCGAAAUCACCAAAAUCAGAAGACUGCAUGGAAGAGAGACAACAGCAUGGGCUUUGCUUGGCCACAUUCCUUGCCAAUCCUUCCAAACCAUUUCCUUCUUCUGAGGCUGAAUGCAACUUGUCCAUAGACUCCCAAUGGGUUUCUAUGGCUGAACAGGCAUUUGAACCCAGGCCUCCUAAAGUCCUAGCCCAACAUUCAGACCACUACAGCACUCCACUGUCUGUGAACGAAAAAGAUGAAAAGCUGACUACAAAGGUCUACCUGAAUCUGGAGUGGGUCGAUUACCGACUCUCCUGGGAUCCCGCUGACUUUGAGGGGGUCACCUCCACCACCUUUUUUUCCAGCAAGGUCUGGCUUCCAGAUAUCGUCCUGAUGAACAAUUACGAUGGUGUGUUUGAAAUCGCUCUCCCAGUGAACGUCCUCGUGAAACACGACGGGACCGUGCGAUGGGAACCCCCAGCUGUCUACCAAAGCAGCUGCAGCAUUCAGGUGACCUAUUUCCCCUUCGACUGGCAAAACUGCACCAUGGUUUUCCGCUCGUUCAGUUACGACUCCUCGGAGAUCACCCUCUUGCACCCAAUCGCCAAAGACGGGAAAGAGCUGAAGGAGAUUGUCAUAUACGAAAAGACAUUUAUCGACAAUGGGCAGUGGGAGAUCCGGCACAAGCCCUCCCGAAAGAACACCGUCCCUGGAGACCCCCUUUACGAGGACAUCACUUUCUAUCUCAUCAUCCGCCGCAAGCCCCUCUUCUACCUGAUCAACGUCAUCAUCCCUUGCAUCCUCAUCACUAUCCUGGCCAUCUUCGUCUUCUAUCUCCCACCGGACGCUGGUGAAAAGAUCACCCUCUCCAUCUUUGCCCUCCUGACCCUGACCGUCUUCCUGCUCUUGCUGGCCGACAAGGUGCCCGAGACCUCCUUGGCGGUGCCCAUCAUCAUCAAGUACCUGAUGUUCACCAUGACCAUGGUCACCCUCUCCGUCAUCCUCAGCGUGGUGGACCUCAACCUCCACCAUCGGUCGCCCAACACCCACGAGAUGCCCUUCUGGGUCAGACAGAUUUUCAUCCACAAGCUUCCUCCCUUUUUGGGUCUGCGGCGCCCAAAGCCUGAACCUGGCCUGAAGCCUCCUCCUCUGUUCCCCAAACAAGAGCUCACCAUGAAAAUCAACCGCCGCGCAGACGAAUAUUUCAUCCGUACCCCCGCCUACGAGUUCCCCAAACCCAACAGGUUUCAUCUGGAGGCGUUUGCCACAGAUAUGAAGAAAUUCAUUGACGGACCCAGCAGCCACAGCAUCACUCUCCCACCGGACCUGAAGUCGGCCAUGAAUGCGGUUUUGUACAUCGCUGAGCAGCUCCAGGAACAGGACGACUACGACGCGCUGAGGGAGGACUGGGAAUACGUGGCCUUCGUGGUGGACCGCCUUUUCUUCUGGACCUUCAUCGUCUUCACCGGCAUUGGCACCCUCUGCAUCUUCCUGGACGCCGUCUUGCACCUGCCUCCAGACCAGCCUUUCCCAUGAAGGCAGCGGCCUCUUUCUUCCCCAAAAACUCUCUUCUCCUGAAUCAUCUCCAAUGAAGAACACUGUCAUCCCAGAAGAACUAAAGCCCAAGAAUGGGGACUGUGUCCUGCUCUGCAUUAAAUACUUACAAUCCCAGUCAUGCGCAUGCUAGGAACCUUCUUGUGGUUUUUGUGUGCCUUCAAGUCGUUUCCGACUUACGGCAACCCUAAAAUGAUCAGAUCACGGGGUUUUCUUAGCAAGAUUUGUUCAGAGAAGGCUUGCUAUUGGAAACCUGGGAAGAUGCUUUUAUGAAUCAGAGACCCCAUUUGUUCUUUUAGCCCAACAUUGUCUACUCUGAUCGGCAGCUA